CUUACCUGGUCGCGUCUCGCCAUCCUGCCCGUCCCCCAUCCUUCGUCCGUGAAGCCAGCUGACUGGCUUAGCAUCAUCUACAGCUCGUCAGCUCAAACCCUCACACACGACCUUGGACUUGGAAGCGGGCUCUAAGCCCGGGAGAACCGACCAAGAUGGCGACUAAUAUGCGUGGGCUCACGCAGUUCAUCGCGGACAUUCGAGGAGCGAGAGUCCGCGAGUUGGAGGAGAAGAGGAUCAACAAGGAGAUGGCGAACAUCAGGAAGAGGUUCAAAGGUCAUCUUCACAUACAUACUGGGUACAAGGUCGAUGUCGGGCACAUGGAGGCAGGCUAUCUCGCAGUCACCCUCCUUAUGCACGAGAACUCCGACUUCCUGCGCCUUGUCAUCAGCAACUGUCUGGCAUUACACGCCAUCGCAAAUGUAGGUGGGCAGGAGAUGGCGGAAGCUUUGGCGGAGGACGUACAUCGCUUGCUGAUUUCCCCAACAUCACCAACCUUUGUGAGGAAAAAAGCUGCGUUGACCUUGCUGAGGCUAUACCGGAAACACCCAGACGUCCUCCCUGCCGCCGAAUGGGCUCUACGGAUAGUCUCCUUGAUGGAUGACGGAGACCUGGGUGUAGUAAUAUGUGUCACUAGCUUGGUCAUGGCGAUGGCUCAAGACCACCUCGAUGCAUACGCGGUGUGUUACACCAAGGCCGUAGACAGGCUCAACAAGCUUGUCAUUGAGCAUGAAUAUAGCGCAACAUACGCGUAUUACAAAGUGCCAUCGCCAUGGCUUCAGGUCAAGCUCUUGCGAUUGCUGCAAUAUUAUCCCCCUUCAGAGGAUCCGACACUACUGGCCGUCAUGUACAAGGUCCUUGAGACCACCAUGAACAACUGUGCCGAACCUUCACGCAAUGUGCAACACAACAACGCUCAGCAUGCUGUCCUCUUCGAGGCUAUCAGCCUCGCCAUCCAUCUUGACACUGACUCACCACUGGUCAACACCGCUGCUGUCCUCCUUGCACGCUUCAUCAGUUCGAAGGAGACGAAUGUCCGUUACCUUGGUCUGGACACCAUGGCACAACUUGCUGCUCGCACGGAGAAUCUCGAUGCCAUCAAGAAACAUCAGGGGACAAUCAUCCUCUCUCUGCGCGACAAAGACAUCUCGGUCCGACGUCGUGCACUCGACUUGCUUUACAGUAUGUGCGACACGGACAACAGCGAGCUGAUCGUCGGUGAGCUUCUACGAUACCUCAAGAUUGCGGACUAUGGCUUGCGCGAGGAGAUGGUGCUGAAGAUCGCAAUCUUGACGGAGAAGUAUGCCAGUACAUACAAGUGGUAUGUCGACACCAUUCUGGAACUGCUCAGUGCUGCUGGCGACCACGUUGGCGAGGAGGUCUGGUAUCGUGUCGUCCAGAUUGUGACGAAUACGGAGGAUCUGCAAGGGUAUGCAGCGAAGGUAGUGUUUGAGUACUUGCGCUCGCCCUCGUCACACGAGAGCCUGGUCAAAGUCGGCGGAUAUAUCCUCGGAGAAUAUGGUCACCUAAUUGCCAACGAGACUGGGUACAGCCCCAUCGAGCAGUUCCAGGUCCUCCAUUCGAAAUCCCAAUUCUGCGCGGCGCCCACUCGCGCUCUCCUCCUUUCGACAUACAUCAAAUGGGUGAACGUCUUCCCCGAGAUCAAGCCGCAGCUCGUGAACGUGUUCGAACGCUAUCGACACGUGCUCGACGUCGACCUCCAGCAGCGCGCAUGCGAGUUCUUCGCACUCGCAUCGCGUCCGGACGAUGACGAAUUGCUGCAGAACGUCUGCGAAGAAAUCCCGCCGUUCCCGCCGCGCGAGAGCGCACUACUUGGCAGACUCAAGACCAAGGGUGGAGACAAGUCCGAUACCCCUCUGGAGCGUACGUCGACGAAGAAGACGGCGAAGAAGCCGACUUUCCCCCAGCCAAAUGGUAAUGGGAGCGCGACCAAUGGCAAUGGGACCGACAUUGCAAGCUCGCUCAUGGGUCUGGAGAUCACAUCCUCAUCAAACGCCCAAUCACCGACGUCCCAACCAGACCUAUCGCAAACACCCGCCGCACUAGCUGAAAAGGGGAUACCGAUGUUGACGGUGGGGCCCAACGUCGAGCGGUGGUUCGACAAGCUGCUCCACGGUGCCGAGGGCGUGCUUUACGAGGACGUGCAGAUCCAGAUUGGUAUCAAGUCGCGGUACCACGGACACCUUGGCCAGCUCGCGAUCUACAUGGGCAACAAGAUCUCCGCGCCGUUCACUUCGUUCACCGCGACGCUGCACGUCGACAACUCAGACGCGCUCUCCGCCACGUUUGCCAAGAUCGCACCAAGUACGAUCGCGCCGCGGACGCAGUCGCAGCAGCUCGUGCACGUCGAGUGCAAGAAGCCGUUCACGAAACCGCCCGUCCUGAGCGUGUCCUUCCUCGCGGGCUCGCACCAGACGAUCGCGGUGCGCCUCCCGAUCGUGUUGACGAAGUUCGUGGAGCACGUCAAAUUGGGCCAGGCGGACUUCUUCGAGCGAUGGCGAUUGAUCGGCGGGCCGCCUCGAGAAGCCCAGCAGGUGUUCCCGAUCACCCUCGACGAGUCGGGGCACGUCGACCGCAGCAAGCAGCGCCAGGUCGUCUCCGGCUUCAACCUGAACGUCCUCGAUGGCAUCGACCCGAAUCCCGACAACAUCGUGGCCGCUGGCAUCCUGCACAUGUCGACCGACGGCAAGGUGGGCUGCUUGAUGAGAUUGGAGCCGAAUCGAGAAGCCAAGCUCUGUCGAAUCACCGUCCGCAGCACGUCUGAGGACGUUGCGGCAGAGGCGAUGAAGCUCGUUAUGAAGCCCCUCAACGCGGACUCACCGUCAUGACACUCGCUGGCCCGUUCUGCUCUCCAUUGACAAUGUCUCCUUCGUUCGCGACGAUUUAUGGAUUCUACAUAGUACGUGUAUUGCUAUACUGACGAGCAUAAUAUAUGUGAAAAGCGAAAAAU